UUUUGGAAGCUCAACUUUGGAAACAGUACUUUGGUCCCAUGGAAAAUCUUUCGACAAGAGUUGAACAAAGUACAUCCUAUAUCAUCUGGUCUAGAAGCAAUGGCCCUAAAAACCACAAUAGAUUUAACGUGCAACGAUUAUAUUUCAAAUUUUGAAUUUGACGUGUUUACGAGACUCUUUCAACCGUGGGUAACGCUGCUACGUAAUUGGCAAAUAUUGGCUGUCACACACCCUGGAUAUGUAGCGUUUCUGACUUACGACGAAGUUAAAGCGCGAUUGCAGCGUUACAUCCACAAGGCUGGUAGCUAUGUGUUCAGAUUAUCAUGUACUCGCCUCGGGCAGUGGGCGAUAGGGUACGUUACCGCCGAUGGAGAAAUAUUGCAAACCAUACCGCAAAACAAAUCAUUGUGUCAAGCAUUGUUAGAUGGCCACAGGGAGGGGUUUUAUUUGUACCCGGAUGGUCAAGCUUGUAACCCCGAUCUAUCAUCGGCAGUGCAGAGUCCUACGGAAGAUCAUAUUACAGUUACACAAGAACAAUAUGAGCUAUACUGCGAAAUGGGUAGCACAUUUCAAUUGUGUAAAAUAUGUGCCGAGAAUGAUAAGGAUAUACGCAUUGAGCCUUGCGGGCAUCUACUAUGCACGCCGUGCCUCACAUCUUGGCAAGUCGACUCAGAAGGACAGGGUUGUCCGUUCUGCCGUGCUGAAAUCAAGGGCACCGAACAAAUUGUAGUGGAUGCUUUCGAUCCGCGAAAACAGCACAACCGAAAUUCGACGAAUGGCCGUCAUCAAAAUACCGACGAUGACGAUACAGAGGUAUAAAUAAUAAGUAGCUUAUUCUAGAUUUUUUAACGCGCAUCGCAAGUAACCCAACCAAAAUAUAAAAAAUUUCAAACAACCAAUCGGCGAGAAAAGUUAAAAUCGAUAGUAAACGAAUUUACCCGGUCUGUAGUACUAACACUAAAUUUGGCGUAAAUGGCGUACAUGUCAAUGAAUUUAACUGAACUUACUACUGCUAUUUAUGAGUUUCAUUAGUUCGUAUGUGAUCUCAAACCAGAAAAGAGCAUGAAGUUUAAUUAAAAGUACCAAUUGAUUAUUUUUUGUUGCACUAAAAUUUUAAGGUGAUCAAAAUCUAUGUAAAAGGUACUAAAAAGAAUUAUAAAAUCCACAAAACUUCCUCAGAGUUUCUAAUUCCAAAGGGUGUGAUUGGUUGUUUGUUAUUCUUGUUGGUAGUUAUCUUGAGAGGGAGGCAUAGUUUUGUUUGAUCAAAUGAAACACACAAACCUUUUUACAAACCUUUCUGUAAAUAGUUGCUGUAUUAUCUAUUUAUUAUACACUCAUACAUAUACACACUAAAUGCGCCCAUACAAAUUUCACAUUAUUAUUUAUUAUUGUUUAGUUAGCUCGUAUUUAACAAUGUUUAUGUGUUAAGUUGAAGUUUUUUUUUGAUUUGAACUAUGAAUGUUUACGUGCUAUUAUACACAUGCAUAGUUAUUCCAAAAUAUAUAUUUUAUGUAAGAAUGUAAAAGUGCUCUAUCUAAACGAAAACAUAAUUUUUUUCACGAAGGCAUUUGUGGUUUAAAUGCGUUAAAUGGAUUAAGAUGCUUCAAGUUCUAUAAAGCAAAUAAUUCUAAAAUCUGCAGUUUGAUUUGCAUAAUUAAUUUUGCAUUAAGUGUAUUUGACCCUUUUAGUGCUAGUGUUAACUAACAUUCCUGAGAACGACACUUGAAUAAAUAAUCGAAAAUAUAUCUAUAUCAUAUUUUAUAUGGUUAUCAAAUAUACAGCAAAAAACUUUCUGAUCGCAGAAGUGAACAUGGAAUGGUGAAAAA